CCAGGCUCGGCGUCAUCCGUUCUAUCAGAAAACUCAUACUCUACCUGUCGCAUGUUUGCACCCUCUUUUUCUCUUGGACGUUCAACACCAAGGGGAUCAAAACUCCAUCUAUUCAUCCAACCAUCAUGCACGAAGGUGCAAUAGCCGCCGCGGUGGGCUGCCACCGCAAGAAGCAGCGGUCGGUGAGAGACACUAGUCUGAUGCCAAGGCUGGUGUUGACGGACUCCGGCGGGGUCGAGGAGCUCGAGAGCUUCUCCCACUACGUGGCUAGGCAGUUGGGUUUUGAGGAUGCAAAUGAAUGCCCUCAGCUAUGCAAAUUAGCAUAUGAUUUCCUGAGGAAAACCAAGGGGUGUGAAGACAGCAUAUUUGCCUUCUUUGCUGGUGACUCAAAUCCUGAAACUGUGUGUUUGAAAUUUAUAGAGGAAUUAGAUAGGUGUAUACUAGGUUAUUUUGCAUUUCAUUGGGAUCACGCCACUCUUAUGAUUACUAAGGUUUUGACUGCUGAUGGAGAACCCAAAAGGAAGCUCAAGGACAUGGUCAUGGAGGCUACCAGGAAACAGAGGUUUGAGAGGGUAACAAGGGACCUGAAAGUGGCAAGGCUGUUCUCUACAUUGGUGGAGGAGAUGAAGGCCAUCGGGAUCGCGUCGCACGAUGAUUCCCGGUGCGCCGAUGCGAUGGUCCCCGUGGCCUGCGGUGAUCGGCGCCCGGUUCUACUUCUGAUGGGCGGCGGCAUGGGUGCCGGCAAGAGCACUGUGCUUCAUGACAUACUUGAGCAGGACAGUCACUUCCGUUAUACAAUUCAGGAGAAGUGCAAUGCACUGAAAUGUGCCGGAACUCAGGCAGGAAAGGCUUAUUUUGGUUGCAGUGAGUUUUGGUCAAAAGCGAACGCGGUGAGGGUGGAAGCGGAUGCGUUCAAAGAGAGAGAUGUCAUUUACCGAGCCAUCAGCUCAAGAGGCCACCACAACGACAUGCUCCAAACCGCCGAGCUGGUGCACCAAUCUUCAACAGACGCUGCCUCCUCCCUCCUGGUGACUGCGCUCAACGAGGGCCGGGAUGUGAUCAUGGAUGGCACACUUUCAUGGGAGCCAUUCGUCGAGCAAACGAUUGCCAUGGCCAGAGCCGUCCACCGCCGGCGCUACCGAAUGGGGGCCGGUUACAAGGUUGCCGAAGAUGAGAGCAUCACCGAGAAUUACUGGAAACCAGUCGAUGAUGACGACGACGACGAUGAUGACAACAAUAACAACUGUGAGACCAGCAAGAGGAAGCCUUACAGGAUAGAGCUGAUUGGAGUUGUGUGUGAUGCCUAUCUUGCAGUAGUGAGGGGAAUCAGGAGAGCAAUAAUGAUAAAAAGAGCAGUGAGGGUGAAGUCCCAAUUGAAGUCCCACCAGAGAUUUGCCAGUGCCUUCCGAAGAUACUGUGAGCUUGUAGACGACGCCAAGCUCUACAGCACCAACGCUUUGGGAACUGCCAAGCUAAUAGCAAGGAAAGAUGUGGACAGCAACUUGCUAGUGAACCCUCAAGAAUUCAGCUGCCUGGAGAGGGUGAGCAAAUUAAAUGAGGAAGCUAACUCAAUCUGCGAACUCUAUCCUCAUGGUGAUACUGGAUGUGGAUCUCGAUCAAUUUGGCAUGACAUAGUGAUGUCGCCAUCGAGGAAAUCGAUCCAACGAGAACUAAAGGCAGCAGUUCAAAUGAUCGAGAAGCAAAGCUCAUGACCUAAUCACUGUGAAGCCAAUCACCAGGUCCUCGUUGGUCUGAUGUUGUUUUGUACAUUAUGAAUGGCAUGGAAAUCAACACAUGUCAUGAAUCCUACUUUGCCACUAGAUUGUGUCAAUUAAAAAGUGUAUUCUGGUCUCUUGUUUACAGCUCUAGUUAAUGGUUCUCUAAA